GUUCAUUUCUGCCCUUUGUCGUCACAUGAUUCGCCUCCUAAUCAGUCCUGCUCAGUGAGUACAACAAAAUAUAGAUAUUUUCUGAUAUGAGGAUUCCUACUUGUGUAAAUUAUUCUAUCGCCAGUCUCCAAGGAUUGUAUAAUAGCCCACCCAAGAAUUAACAUAUAUACGCACUGUGACAUCAUCGGAUGUAGAAGUGUUUCCGGGUUAUGGAGGCAUGUCAAAAUACAAACCGGUGGAUGUCCAAGGUGAGUCCUAGUCUUGCAGAUCUUUAUUAUAACUCUAUGGGAACUGUGCUUGUUUACUGCAUGAAUGCCAUCUAAUACUGGUGUGUCUGUUAGGGAAAUGUAAACCCCCCCUGGAGUAAACCAUAAACACGUGUCUGGUGCUGCUAUAGGACAUAACAUGUGUGCCAUUAGUACUCCGUGCCUUCUCCCUUUUGGAGGACCGUUAUUAAAAUGUAUAGUAAUGUUGUUAUUAUUAAUGCUUUUAUUGUGGUUUCUAUUAUGUAUGUCCCUGCGUGUGGUUUGAUUGUGGAAUGGGAGUAAAUAACCAAGUGGGCAAUCUCACCUGUGAAACUGCAGAAAAAAAACUUAAAAAAUAUAUUUUAAAGUGUAAAUCUUAAUGGAAGUAAAACUUUAAGCCACUGAAAAGUUUCUCAAUUAGUUGCUCCCUUCCAAUGGAAGUUGUAGUCUUUUUAAAGCAGUGGUAGGAGGUAAGUCAUCCUGGAGUUACCUAGCACCCUUCACAUUUUGAAUGGUAUUGGUGCUUAUUAAUUUAGGACCAUACUCACUAUUGCCAAACUUCAGUUUCUUUGUUCUUUUUUUACUGUACUGUGGUGGCAUCUGUCGUGUGUUAACUCCUUUUAAUGGACAGGAAAAUGCUUUCCAUAUCUCUGAACAUGUACAGGGUUAUUUACUAAAGUGAGAAUUUCACAGAGGGAAAUAAACAUAUAAGUUUAAAACAAAGUGCUGACCUGAAAACAUUUUCUAAGUAACGCAUGUUCUCAGUUCAGCUAAUCUGGCCUUUAAUGUGAAAUUGACUUUGAAUUCUCACUUUAGUAAAUAGCCCUGAUAAUCUUUAUUAUUUUUCCCCUGUGUAAACUGGUUCAGAGGUUUGGUACUCAAUGUAAUUUUUGAUUUGUUUAACAUUGUUUACUAUCCAUCUUUGCUUUGUUUUUUAUUUUAUUUAAAUGUAAAAUAUGCUGGAUUUUCUUUGUUGCCUCUUUUUCCUUUCUGCUUAACUCAGUUUGUGUUUGGAAUGUAUGCUUGCCCCAGUAUAUUGUGACUUUUUAGGAUUCACUUCAAUUAUAAAUUAUUAGUAUUUAAUUAUAAGCAAGUAUAAAUUUCAUUUUAAUUAUAGGAAAACCAUAAGUAAUGCCGCUUCACAAGUACCCACCCGCUAUUUGGAAUACUCUUAAGCUGAAGGAAGGUAUUUAUGCUCGUCUGCCUGCACAUUAUCUUCGCUCACUGCAAGAAACCAGGAAACCUACACCUGUGCACUGGAAACCCCAUGGACAGAAAUACAGGCUGAACCCAAAGUCGGGGCUGAGGGAGCGUGUUCAAGAUGUACCAGUAAUUCCAUAUUUCCCUCCAGAAGCCAACGAUGGUCUGUGGGGUGGAGAAGGAUGGGUCUCUGGAUAUCGAUAUGCAAAUAAUGAUAAGGUAAUCAACAGUGAAGAAAUGUAUCAAUAUUUUGUGGCAAUAUGUCUUCUAGCACUUACAUUAAAAGAGGGCUCUAAGCCAGGGCUGUUUGAAGGAAAAUGGACAUGGAGGUCGCCCCAAGCAAAAUGGACUUGGAGUCCCCCCUCCCGGUGUCCUUUUUACUCCCUCCCGGUGUCCUUUUUACUCCCUCCCGGUGUCCUUUUUACUCCCUCCCGGUGUCCUUUUUACUCCCUCCCGGUGUCCUUUUUACUCCCUCCCGGUGUCCUUUUUCCUCCCUCCCGGUGUCCUUUUUACUCCCUCCCGGUGUCCUUUUUACUCCCUCCCGGUGUCCUUUUUACUCCCUCCCGGUGUCCUUUUUACUCCCUCCCGGUGUCCUUUUUACUCCCUCCCGGUGUCCUUUUUACUCCCUCCCGGUGUCCUUUUUACUCCCUCCCGGUGUCCUUUUUACUCCCUCCCGGUGUCCUUUUUACUCCCUCCCGGUGUCCUUUUUACUCCCUCCCGGUGUCCUUUUUACUCCCUCCCGGUGUCCUUCUUACUCCCUCCCGGUGUCCUUUUUACUCCCUCCCGGUGUCCUUUUUACUCCCUCCCGGUGUCCUUUUUACUCCCUCCCGGUGUCCUUUUUACUCCCUCCCGGUGUCCUUCUUACUCCCUCCCGGUGUCCUUCUUACUCCUCCCGGGUAUGCGCUUCGCCUCCUCCCGGUGUCCCUUCUUACUCCUCCCCGUUCGUCCUUCGCCGCCUCCCCGGUGUCCUUCUUGCUCCUGGGUGUCCCUUCGCCUCCUCCCCGGUGUCCUUCUUACUCCGCCACUCUGUCCUUCUUACUCCUCCCUCCCGUCCACUGCCCCACUCCCCCCUCCCGGUGUGUGCCACUCCUCCCCGGUGUCCUUUGCUCCCCUCCCCGGUGUCACCUUCUUACUCCCCCCCUCCCGUGUCCCUUCUUACUCCCUCCCGGUGUCCUUCUCCUCCCCCCUCCCCGUGUCCUUCUUGUCCCCCCCUCCCCGGUGUCCUUCUUACUCCCCUCCCCCUGUCAUGCUUCUCCCCCCUCCCAGGUGUCCACUCCCCCUCUCCCCCUGGUGUCCUUCGCCUCCACCUCCCCAUUCGGCUUCUUACUCCCCCCUCCCCGGUGUCCUUCGCGCCCCCCCCUCCCCAUUCGCUUCUUACUCCACCCCUCCCCGUUGUCCUUCUUACUCCCCCCUCCCGGUGUCCUUCUUACUCCCUCCCGGUGUCCUUCUUGCUCCCCCCUCCCCCCCCGUGUCCUUCUUACUCCCCCGUGUCCUUCUUAUUGGCUGGCUGACUUGACUUACUGACUUGGCUGAGGUCAUCCAUAAUGAUGAUCUCAGCCAGGGGCGGAAUGGCGCCUGUAUGAAGACGGUUACAUCAGCAGUCACUCAGAUGGCCACUAGAGGUGCUUCCUAGUCCUGCUAGUGUUCAGUGUCCCCAUGCACUGCAUGCAGGUGCUUAACGUUCCCCAAAGAGGUGCAUUAAUUCAAUGCAUCUCUAUGAGGAGAUGCUGAUUGGCAUACCUUUUUUCCCACCUAUGCACAAUAGGCUCCCAAUGUUUUCCUAUUGAUGAUCUCAGCCAUGGAGCUGCCGCGGCGAUGGGAAAAAAGGUAAGUUAAAAUCCUUUUAUCUCUACAGAGAGGGAGACCGGAAAGCUAAACCUCUAAACAUGUAGUCCAGUACAAUAGUCGUUUUCUAUAUCUGCACUUUUUUGUAAAAUGGAAAAAAAGAGGACAAAUGUCACACAUAAGGCACUGUCAUUUUAAUAUGGUUCAUGCUGGUAGCUUUACAUAUAAAAGUAUGCUCAAGAAUUAUUUUACACAAGGAUUACACUAAAAAAAGCUCAAUCAAAGGCAAAGCUGUGCAACCAAACGUCACAUUUAUUUAUAUGGCAAUCUGUUAUAGUUAUAUUAAUAUUUUGGCAUACUUGCUUAUAACUGAAAAAUAUUGUUCUUUAUUACACAAAGUUUGUUUGUUAGUUAAUAUUAAUUCUGUAUACCUUUUUUAUGUGUCCCAAAUUUGUAGUUGUCGGCAAGGGUAAAGAAGAUUUGGAAACCUCAGCUCUUCAAAAGAGAUCUCUACAGUGAAAUAUUGGACAAAACGUUUACUAUCCCUGUCACAAUGAGAACGCUGGACCUUAUUGAUGCUGCCUACGGAUUUGAUUUUUAUAUCCUCAAGGCAAGUGCCUAUUUACUAUGUAUGCUGUUUGUUUUGCUUACUAGCCCCUUCCUCUGAGUGUCACAUAUAUUCCUUUUGUGACCCAGAAAUGAUUUUUGGAGAGUAACACAUUUAUUUACCAUGGCUCCAUUAUGUCCCUCUGAAUAUCUGCAAAUAGGUUGAAAAUAACAGGCUUGUCCCUUCUCAGAUGCAGUAACAUACACAUUCUAAUAGAUUAAUAUAUAGAUUAAAGGGGCAAUAGACAACAAAACAACCUUAGCUUAAUGAAGCAGUUUUGGUGUAUAGAUCGUGCCACUGCUCAAUUCACUGACGUUUAGGUUUAGAUUUAGUUAAAUCACUUUGUUUAUGCAGCCCUAGCCCUACCCUGUGACUUGCACAACCUUCCUAAAUACUUCCUGUAAAGAGUCAUCUAAUGUUUACACUUCCUUUAUUGCAAAUUCUAUUAAAUUUUGAAUUUCAUAUCUCCUGCUCUGUUAAUACCUUGGUAGACAACACUGUAGACUCCUGUAUGUAAUUAAAGUUCAAUUUACAGAGCAGGAUAUACAAACUUUUUAAAGUAAGUUACAUCUGAAUGAAAAUUAAACCAUUUUGUUUUCAUGCACUCUGUCUCAGUCACAGCCAUAGGAGGUGUGGCUAGGGCCGCAUAAACAGAAACCAUGGUGAUUUAACUCCUAAAUAGCAAUGAAUUGAGCAGUGGAACUUCAUAGGCAUGAUUUAUACACAAAAACUGCUUCAUGAAGCUAAAUUUGUUUUGAUGACUAUAGUGUCCCUUUAAUGCAGCUGCCACCAUACUUUCAGCUCAGGAAAGGGCCAAUGUUGGUAGGUACACAUACCAGCUAUCAGCUGUCAUCAGAAUCCAGCUCUAGGAAUUGUCCCUGCAGCAUCCAUUUAUGUCCACACGGAUCCUAAAUGUAAUUCAGGGCUUCUUAUAGAAGCACUGCAACUCUGAACAUAUGUGCAAUUAUUGAAAGUCUUUUCAAGGAAGUACCUCUAGUUACUGUCUAAUUGACAGCAACUAAUGUAAACUAUGCUGUUCCACACAUUUGGUUAAUUCUUACACUUGUUGGACGGCAGGGACUGUAAAUCAAAAUCACUACAUUAAAAAGUAGUGGUUUUGGUGCUUUGUAUCAAUUUUAAGGAUCAUAUAGUACAUUUAUUGAAAAUAAUGCUGUACAUUUAUGUAGUAUAAAUAAUAAUAAAAAGUAAAUGGCUUUGUUACCAUGUGAACUGAAUGGAGAACUUUAGUGCCAGGACUACUAACAUGUAUUCCUUACCCUGUAGUCCUGAAGUGUAUGUUUAGGUGACCCGCCCCCCCUCAGUAUAAAGGUGAUUUUAAUCCCCUUUUGUCCCACAUUUCACCGUUCUUUCCGUGACUGGCUCCGCCUCCAUGGUUGAGAUCAUCAGUGUUGAUAAUCUCAGCCAACCCAAUGCUUUCCCCUUGGAAAGCAUUGGGAGGCUUUUGCGCAUGCGCUACAAACAGUAUAUCAGCAUUUCCUCAUUGAUCUGCAUUGAAUCAAUGCAUCUCUAUGGAGAAUGUUCAGAGACUCAUUGUGGAGCAUGGAUACGAACGCCAGUGCUGCACACUGUGCAGCACUGAACUUGGGAGCACCUUAGGUGGCCGUCUGAGAGACUGCCACUAGAGGUCUCUGAAAAGGCAGCUUUUCCAUGCUCAUGCUAUAGCCACAAGACCAACACUACAUUACCAUGUAGUGGUUCUGGUGACUAUAGUGUCUCUUUAAGGAUAAGCCAAUGUAUUCUCUGAGUGCUCUUUGUCCUUAGAAUUUCUUGUUGAAAUAAAGGCUUCUAUAAUUUUAAAAGCCAAAUGGAACAAUGAAAAGAAAACACACAAGUACCCAACACAAAACAAUCAAACAUAACUGUUAUUUAUUAGAUUAAAUAUGUGCAAAAGUAACCAAAGUAGAAGUGCAUAAAAUAGUGAUAUCAGCUAUCGAGAGAGCUAAAUAGGAAAAACAAAUAUAUGUAUAAGAUGUCCGAUAGGGAUAAGUAAUAGAAAAUUCAUUCGCAGGCCUUUUCCAUCUCACUAACCUUUUGUGUUAUUAAAACUCCAUAUGUGUCAGUCUGUACCAGUGGAGUACACAUGACCCAUGGGGUCCCGAUGCAAAAAUUGAUCCGAGAGCCCCCCCGCGCUUACUCUUCGCACUCCGGGGCCGCAACACAGGGCUGCGACCGCGGUAUGUACGCUAGUAUCACAUAAGCUCAAUGAAGUGGUCUGGAUGCCAGGUCCCUCUAGUUUUAACCCUGCAGCUGAAAACAUAGCUGUCUCACUGAAAGCUGCUAGAGGCGCUUCAGCAAUUCUCACUGUGAAAAUCACAGUGAGAAGUUGCUGGACGUCCAUAGUAAUGCUUUCCUAUGGGCGGUUUGAAUGCGCGGGCGGCUCUUGCCGCGGAUGUGCAUUCAGAGCUGAGACGCCGAUUGGGGCGGAGGGAUCACCAACGCCAUGGGAGUCCGGCGCUGGAGAAAGAUAAGUGCUGAAGGGGUUUUACACACACACACACACACACUCUCACGAACAGACGCGUACACACUAGCUAACAGACACAAACAUUUACUGACAGAGACACUCAGCGACAUACAUACUCACGGACACACACUUACAAAACACACUCUCACUAACACACACACAGUAACACACUCACUGACACACACUCAGUGACACACAAACUAACACACACACUGACACUCACUAGCAGAUACACACACACUCACACACACAUGUUUUUUUUUACAUUUAAUCCCACAGCCUCCUUACCUUUGGAAUAGCUGAGGGGAUUCCCUGGGGUCCAGUGGUGCUGCUGGGCGGCGGGUUACCGGGCGGGCUGGCUGGUGGGAGCACUCUCCCCUGAGCACUCUCUGACCAGCUCCCUCGCGCGCCGCGUACUGAUGCCGGAGCCAGAAUAUGACGUCAUGCUCCGGCAUCAGUGCGAUGUGCCCGAGGGAGCUGGGCAGAGAGCGCUCAGGGGAGAGUGCUCCUUCGCGUGCCUGCCCGGUGACACCAGGGCCAGCCUCGACCCCUGCGACCCCGGUGUGUACGCCACUGGUCUGUACAGUAUUUUUUUAAAUGAAGCUGUGUGCGCACCCACCCCUUCAAAAUAAAUAUAUAUAUAUAUAUAUAUAUAUAUAUAUAUAUAUAUAAUUUUUAUUUAUUUAUUUAUUUUUUUUAAAUAAAUGUACAUUUUAUUUAUAAUUUUUUUAUUUUAGACUCCAAAGGAGGAUUUGAAUUCAAAAUUAGGUAUGGAGUUAAAAAGAGCAAUGCUUUUACGUCUUGCAACAAGAGACCCAAGUCUGCACCCAAAUGAUUCAGCAAAAAGAGAAAACAUCUACAGCAAAUACAAGGUUCGAAAUUUUCUAUGAAAAUAUUAGUGUUAUUGUGACGAGUUCUCUUACUAUGCUAUGAAGGUACAGUGAGGGGGAAAAAGUAUUUGAUCCCCUGCUAAUUUUGAACGUUUGCCCACUGACAAAGAAAUGAUCAGUCUAUAAUUUUAAUGGUAGGUGUAUUUUAACAGUGAGAGACAAAAAAAAACAGAUAAACGCAUACAUUGAUUUGCAUGUCAAUGAGUGAAAUAAGUAUUUGACCCCUUCGUACUUGAUGGCAAAACCCUUGUUGGCAAUCACAGAGGUCAGACUUUUCUUGUAGUUGGCCACCAGGUUUGCACACAUCUCAGGAGGGAUUUUGCAGAUCCUCUCCAAGUCAUUAAGGUUUCGAGGCUGACAUUUGGCAACUCGAACCUUCUGCUCCCUCCAGAGUUUCUAUGGGAUUAAGAUCUGGAGACUGGCUAGGCCACUGCAGGACCUUAAUGUAAUUCUUUUUGAGCCACUCCUUUGUUGCCUUGGCUGUGUGUUUUGGGUCAUUGUCAUGCUGGAUUACCCAUCCACGACCCAUUUUCAAUGCCCUGGCUGAGGGAAGGAGGUUCUCACCCAAGAUUUGAAGGUACAUGUCUCGUCCAUCGUCACUAGGAUGCGGUGCAGUUGUCCUGUCCUCUUAGCAGAAAAACACCCCUAAAGCAUAAUGUUUCCACCUCCACAUUUGACAGUGGGGAUGGUGUUUAUAGGGUCAUAGGCAGCAUUGCUCCUCCUCCAAACACAGCGAGUUGAGUUGAUACAAAAGAGCUCGAUUUUGGCCUCUUCUGACCACAACACUUUCAACCAGUUCUCCUCUGAAUAAUUCAGAUGUUCAUUGUCAAACUUUUUUGGGGCCUAUACAUGUGCUUUCUUGAGCAGGGGAAUCUUGUGGGCGCUGCAGGAUUUCAGAUCUUUACUGCAUAGUGCGUUACCAAUUGUUUUCAUUGUAAAAAUGUUCCAGCUGCCUUGAGAUCAUUAACAAGGUCCUCCUGUGUAGUUCUGGGCUGAUUCCUCACCUUUCUCAUGAUCAUUAAAACACCAUGAGGUGAGAUCUUGCAUGGAGCACUAGACCGAGGAAGACUGACCGUUAAUUUGUGUUUCUUCCCUUUGCGAAUAAUUGCACGAACUGUUGUCACCUCACUGUUUGGCGUUGGUCUUGUAGCCUAUUCCAGCCUUGUGUAGGUCUACAAUCUUGUCACUGACAUCCUUAGACAGCUCUUUGGUCUUGGCCAUGGCGGAGAGUUUGGAAUCUGAUUGCUUCUGUGGACAGGUGUAUUUUAUACAGGUAACGAGCUGAGAUUAGGAUCACUCCCUUUAAGAGAGUGCUCCUAAUCUCAGCUCAUUACCUGUAUAAAAGACAUUUGGGAGCCAGAAAUCUUGCUGAUUGAUCAAAUACUUAUUUCACUCAUUGACAUGCAUUUUUCUGGAUUUCUUUUUUUGUUAUUCUGUCUCCCAUUGUUAAAAUACACCUACCAUUACAAUAUUGACUGAUUUCUUUUUAGGUGACAAACGUUCCAAAUCAGUAGGGGAUCAAAUACUUUUUUUCCCUCAGAGUGGAUGCUUUAUGAAACCAAUAUUCUUUAAGGGACGCUAAAUACCACCGUAACUUUGCAUUAUUGGAAUGCUGAUGAAACAUAGAGGAACCUGACCCCCCUGAGAUUUCAUCUAAAAAAGUGUUGAGGAACAAUAUUUUUUUAGGGUGAAGGUUAUGAUGGUAUAUGUGUUUCUACAAUUCUGAUAGGCUACACAAAGCCUAUAGUUUUCUUAGAUGUAGUGAGAAUAACCGUUUUUGAUUAAUUUAUUCCUUUACUGUGUUAUUGCAUUUACUGUUGUUUUUAGUAAUAUAUUGCUGCCAAUUGCAAACUGUUUUGAAAUGACUUCUUGCUGUCUAUCAGCCAGUUUUCUAUAAGUGCUAUCUUAUGAACACUGCUAGUUUUAAAGGAACCCUCCAAGCACCAUAAUCACAACAGUUUAUCAACUUACUUGAGGUCAGCUAGGUGCUACUCGUCUCCCCAUUUAAUAUUGAUAUCUAUAUGUUUACAUUUUUCUCUUUUACUUUCCUUGUUUACAUUCCCACUUUCUAAGAUGUCAUACUUUUAUUUAAUUGUUCCUUUUAGCUUGAAACCACUGUAAGUACAUAGUGAGUGGUUUCUUCUCUGUCUUAACUUGCUGUAGCAAAUUUGUUGCAGUUUUUAUCAGUUGAGCAUUUUAAGAGGGAACUGCUUUGCAACAGUGUUUUUCUUAGCUACAUGUGCACUAGGACCAACAUCUACCAAUAAAACAUAAUUACUUGGAGCUGAAAUUGCAAUCUUAAAGGAACACUAUAGUCACCAGAAUGACUACAGCUUAAUGUAGUUGUUCUGGUGAGUAUAAUCAUUGCCUUCAGGCAUUUUCAUGCAAACAUGACCCGCCGCCCAGCAGCACCACUGGACCCAAGGGAAACCCCUCAGCUCUCCCAAAGGUAAGGAGGCUGGGGGAUUAAAUGUAAAAAAAAACAAAAAAAAACGUGUGUGUGUGUGUGUGUUAGUUUGUGUGUCAGUGAGUGUUACAUUGCCCCUAGGGACACCUCCAAGUGGCCACUCCUCAGAUGUGACUCCUAAGAUGUAACUCAUCAUAGAACUCCCUGGCAGCCUUAUGGUUUAGUGCUAUUCAAAUAUUGGGUUGAAAUAAAUGCUUCUAUAAUUUGAAAUGCCAAAUGGAAUAAUGAAAAGAAAACACACAAGUACCCAACACAAAACAAUCAAACAUCCAUCAGGCUUUUCUCAUGGGGGAAUUUCUGGAAAUUGCAGUGGGCCUAGCAAUCUUCUCUCUAUCCCAGGGCUGUCCAACCUGCGGCCCCCCAGAUGUUGCUGAACUACAACUCCCAUGAUUCUUUCAAUGAAACAGAUAGCCAGGGAAUCAUGGGAUUUGUAGUUCAGCAACAUCUGGGGGGGCCGCAGGUUGGACAGCCCUGCUCCAAUAUUACAAUUAAAAUAAUACUAUACUUUAAAAAAAAAAAAAAAAAAAAAAUUUUUUGAUUGCUUUUACCUAAAAGGUUACUAUAACUUUUUUUGAAAGGGCGAACAUUUCCAGCGUAAUAUGUCCUACUGAGCACUGUGGCAGGGCUUGACAAAUCCCAGAUGCCAGGUCAUUAUGGCGACCAGGAAUGUUGUCCUGGGAUUUGUGAGCCGUUCCUUCUGAUGUGGGUUGGUAGCUUGCUGCACGUACUGUGGGUGAGUGGUGGACGAGCUGCGCGUACUGUAGGUUGGCGGCAAAGGAGCUGUGAUAGUUAUGCUCCCUCACAUGCUGCUUAGUGAUGCCAGGGCCGGAAUAUGUCAUCAACAUCAAUAAGCAGCUCGCAAGGGAGCAGUGCGAUCCCAGCUCCCAUGCCGCCUGCCUACAGCACUUGCAGCCAGACGCCCGCCUCCACUCUCCCCCCAGCUGGCGGCUCACUGGACCCCAGGGAAAACUGAAUCACUCCAGCUCUUUCAAAGGUAGGGAGGCUUGGUGGAAUAAAAUUUAAUUAAAGCAAAUAAUAAUUUGUGUGUAUCUGUAUGGGACAGAGUGUGUGUGUCUGUCAGUGUGUGUAUCUGCCUGUCUUUCCAAUAAAAUUGGUUACAAAGCACAUGGACUUUCCAGAAUCUCUUGGCAAACAUCACUUCGUAACUCACCAUUCUGCAGAAUGUUAAAGGAUCACUAUAGUGUCAGGAAAACAAAGCGGUUUUCCUGACACUGUAGUGCCCCCACCCUCAGGGUCCCCUUCCCGUGGCGCUGAAGGGGUUAAAACCCCUAUAGCAGCAUACCUUAAUCCAGCGCCGGGCUCCCUCGGCGCUGGUGACCUCUCCACCCCCGCCGACGUCAGCUCCCCCAUACAACGUCAGCGGAGCCGAAUGCGCAUGUGCGGCAAGUGCCACGCACGCAUUCAAAGUGUCCAUAGGAAAGCAUUUCUCAAUGCUUUCCUAUGGACGCUCUGCGCGAUGGAGGUAUAAUAUCCAGAAGACAGCCACUAGAGGCUGGCGUAACCCCAAAUGUAAAUAUAGCAGUUUCUCUGAAACUGCUAUGUUUGCAUCUGAAGGGUUAAAACCUGAGGGACUUGGCACCCAGACCACUUCAUUGAGCUGAAGUGGUCUGGGUGACUAUAGUGUCCCUUUAAUUACCAUGCCAAAUUACACAUAUGUCCAAUAAGAUUGAUCUUGAAUUGCUGUUUUAAAGGGGUUUCUUGCUUUUGCUUUUAAUUUUGCACAGAAUGGUAGCAUUUCACAAAUAAAAUCACAAUUUUGGGCAUCAGUGUGUUUUUGUCAUAAUAUUUUUGAGAGGUGUUUUGCCUUUGUUUUACUUUCUCCUUUUUAUGUUUGUGGUAUAGGCCUUUGAAAUCCCAAAAGAGGAAGCAGAAUGGGUGGGACUGACAUUAGAGGAAGCUGUAGAAAAACAGAGACUACUUGAAAAGAAGGUAGGUGGUUUCUGUUUGCUGGCAAUAUAGCCAAUCUGCAUUUCUCAAUGCGUUUUGAUGGUUUUAAAAAAGUGUAAAAUGUGUGAUUUUAAAAAAGUGGAUUGCCCCAGCACCAAUCCAACAUCUUUGGCAUGCAUGCCUUCUGGAGAAGAUCUUCCAUAUCUCAGGAUCCCUCUAGUUGGGCAACGUUAAACUUCUCUCCAUUGUAGGUGAUGUCAGUGCGGCGAAAGUAACCUUGCCACUGGUUUUUGGAGGGGCCUGUUUGCCAGCCUCUUGCCCUGCGACUAUGGCCCUGGGAUGUAUUUCCCUUCUAGAAACUGAUGUGGGCAUAUUGUAUUUUAUUAUGCUGCUGCUGGCCCUUUAAGAACCAUCUGGGGACAUACUGUGGAGUUACUGGGUGGCCACCAUUUCAUGUAUCAGAGGCACAUGGUGAAAACAAUGGAUGGCGGCCAUUUUAACUCACAGACACUGUUUGGACUUUUCUACAUGGUGCCAUCUCGCUGGUAUUUGGUGCACAAAGACAUUGUGCAGUAGUUUUAAACUAUACAACAGGGGACACAUUAUACAGUAAUUAUUUUUCAUAUAGCCUGUAUAUGUUCUGCGGAAUCUGCAUUAAAGGACCACUAUAGUGCCAGGAAAACAUACUCGUUUUCCUGGCACUAUAGUGCCCUGAGGGUGCCCCUACCCGCAGGGACCCCCUCCCGCCCGGCUCUGGAAGGGGGAAAGGGGUAAUAACUUACCUUUUUCCAGCGCUGGGCGGAGAGCUCUCCUCCUCCGAUCCGCCCCGCCGGCUGAAUGCGCACGCGAAAGCUGCGGCGCGCGCAUUCGUCGAAGAAAGCAUUCAUAAUGCUUUCCUGUGGCUGGCGUGCUCUCACUCACGGUGAGAACGCAAGCGCCUCUAGUGGCUGUCAAUGAGACAGCCACUAGAGGAUUAGGGGGAAGGCUUAACCCAUUCAUAAUUAUAGCAGUUUCUCUGAAACUGCUAUAAUUAUGAAAAAAUGGGUUAACCCUAGAGGGACCUGGCACCCAGACCACUUCAUUAAGCUGAAGUGGUCUGGGUGCCUAGAGUGGUCCUUUAAACUGUAUCUUCCAUACUACUGAACGGAUCUGGGUGAAUUUGGGAUAUGUGGUUCACCCAGAUCCCCCGGUUCCGAUAUACUUUUUAUGGGGUUAUUGCAUGUUCUGGAGUCCCUGUGAUAUGUUUUAUAAUACUGUAUUUCUCUGCCUAAUUAGAUUACCCAUUGUGUUCAGUAAUCAUAUCACAGGCAGAGGGGAGGAUUUUGUGUGGGAGUGUCUGUGUGUAUUGUACGGAUUGAUUGGUUGUAUUUCAAAACCCUGUGGGCAGUACUAUGUUUGUGGAUUGUGAAUAAAAGAGGCUGUAUGUGCCAGUAAAGUCAGUUCUGCUUGACCUCACAACGAAGUGUCGUCUCGUUAUUGGGGGAAUUGGAUUGUAUGCUGAUUGCCAGGAGUGUAAGCUGAUUGUAUGCUUUUCCUGUUCAGCUGCUUUCAGCAUUCAUAUGUUUGAGAGCAUUUGUAUGGUUGUGGUGUCUGUUGCAGUGCUUGGAGUCCUCAGAAAGCGCUAGGAGCAUCCUUCAACGGAGGUACCUAGUCGGGGUGCCAGGUGAUCCGUUACAGUCAGUAACUUGUGAUUUGAGGUUAUCUUAAAGCAGCAUCAUGGCCGCAUCAUAAUUUUUUUUUUUUUUAACCCCCUCCCUCCUGACUCCAGUACUUCUAAUUGCCCCCCUAGCAACCAACAAAUGCCCCUACGCACCCAUAUUACCUAUUUUUUUUUCCUAGGUCCUGGGCACAGCCAUCUUUGUGUGGGCAGUUGAAGGCCCUGUGGGACACAUCAUCUGCCCACACUAGAUAGCGCUGUAAAAUUCCCGUCCAUUUUUGGGGUUGUUAAAAGGUUUUAGAAAAAAGAACACUUCAAAUGGCAAGUAUUUUUUUUUAUUUACAGGUAUUUCGUUUUAUUGUUCCUCCAUCACUAUUUUUAGGGUGAGGCGGGUAGGUAGGGCUUUAUUAUAUUUUUUCUGGAUGGAGGGGUGACUAGGGACUUGGGAGGGGUGUAUUUUUUUUCAUUUAGCCCACACCCGUCGCACAUGGGUGGGGGCUGGUGGGAACAAAAGGUCCUCCUCCCAUUGUCUUUUAUGGCCCCCACCCGCCACUUAUGUCCCCCAUUUAGUUGAAUAGCCCCCACUCGAGGGGGCGGGGGGGACACUGUCACACCUGCUAGUUAAUAGAUGGGGGUGGCUUUUUUUUUUUUUUUUUUUACAGCAGUGAGCAGCCACAGCAUCGUGAGUAGGGGCAGUUUCCCUUAUCUACGAAUAGUAAAUAAUUUUCCUUAUUAUUAGUAAAGUUGGCUGAAAGUUCCAUCUUGGUCUUUCAUCCUUUUGGUAGAUAGCUACCUGAUUCCCAUGGUAUUAGGGAGCUAUCUGCUAAGCGGCUAAAAGAUGCAGCUGUGGCAGAUUGGAAUUUCAUUCAUUCAAACCAAGUUAAAAGUAAGGUCAUGCUAACAAGAAUAGACAAACAGGAAGUGGGUCAAAGCCGGUUAAGCAUAGGAAAUAUACAAAGGACAAAGUUGUCCCUACUUUGUCUUAUGUUUUACAGAAAACUAGAUCAGAUAGGAAGAAAAUAAGAACAGAUCCCGAGAGAAGAGGAAGCGAUUAGGGAAAGAAAAGUUCGGCAUCACAGUGCCGCUUUAAUAUACUAAAUCCCAAGAUCAGGCUUCAAAGAUUACUUUUAGUCCUCUGAGCUCAUCAAACAUGUGACCUCUUCUUUCUCAUUGUUAUUCUUUGGCUUUUUUUUUCGUCAUUGACCCGUGCGCAAUUUUCAUUUCACCAUAAAUUUGUUUUUUCUUUCUUUUUUUUUAUUUUAACAAAUCAAUUACUUUAAUCUAAUUUCAUACAUCUAUAUCCAUUACGCUAUUCUCAGACAUAUUAGUCACAUUUUUACAUUGAUUAAAUAUUUUACUGAAUUUUGCUAACGGAAAGGGGGUAAAGAAAAUCAAUCUGGUUGCAAAUUUUGUUUUUUUGCAUCACAUAGUGUUGGCAUUAAUGUUCAUAACAAUUAUACGCAGAUGUUGGGAUUUUUCCACAGGGAGUGACUAAGCCAAGUUCUCUGGAUUACUAGACUGGGACACCUGUUUUUCUCUGGAAUUAAAAGCACAUUGAUGAAUAGUAGUGUUGAAGCAAAGAUGCCUAAAUGCUGUACCUAAACCUCUAGUUGCCAGAAUAGCUGAUUCCUCUGGCAGUGAAACAGUUGAAACUGAUCUAUUAUAUAUCCUCCACCACUCAAUUUCAGACUUGUGAUAUUUUAAUAUUUCUCUCACCUCUUCUCUGGAAGAUUCUGCCAGCCCCAUGUCCCUAGUCUGCCCGCAACACUCUCAGGAAAUGAGUGGGAAGGAAGGGGAUCUUCUGUCAGAUGUUAUCUGGUGACCACGCCAUGGUCCGUAUUGAGUGUGAGGUCCAGCACGUGCUGUGCCCAGGAUCCCCUGAUUUACAAUGCGCUCUAUUGCUCCAUUUGUGCAUACAAGUCAGCCAAGCGCUUGAUACUGCAAUGUGAUUGCGUUCAUACAUAUUUAAUGAAAGGAGGAACUUUCAUUUCUUAUUCACAAGUAUUCCAGGCAUGCAAUUUGUUUGCCACUUUAGGCAUGGAAAAGAAUGACUGAAAUACUGUUAGACAAGGAGGCUCUUUGGAGGAAGGGACAAGUUUUUCUUUUGAUAGAUAGAUAGAUAUAUAUAUAUUAUAUUAUAUAUAUUUAUUACUAUUGCCAUUUAUGUAGCGCCAACAGAUUCCGUAGUGCUUUACAAUAUUAUGAGAAGGGGGGGAUUUAACUAUAAAUAGGACAGUAACAAGAAAACUUACAGGAAUGAUAGGUUGAAGAGGACCCUGCUCAAACGAGCUUACAGUCUAUAGGAGGUGGGGUAUAAAACACAUUAGGGCAGGAAAUAGCAAUCAAAUAAGGUGGGAGUGAAGCAGAGCUUGAGGAGAGAGUAAUGUGCUGCUCUUUAGGAGAGAGCAGGUUACUCUGGGAUGCCAUAAGCUUUGAAUGAAUAUAUAUAUUCAUUCAUCUGCCCUGGGCCACCGUAGCAGAUAUCAUAGUUCUCAGUUGAAGGGACAGGUAAUGGCACCGCUCAUUGAAUUUCCCUUUUCUGUACAAUUUUAAGGGUAGGCAAAUUCGGCCUCUCUUGGUCUUUCCCAUUUACCUAACUUUGACUACAACACACCUUCAGUAUCCUUUGCUAACUUGGAUCUGAGAUGCUUACAAGGGUACUCAACUGACCUACUGUCCUUGGUACAUACGUGUAGGUCACUCUUAAAAACACUUCCUUGUUUCACAAUGCAUCUUUACUACUAUAGGGUAAUGACUCUGUUACAGUUAGUUCCCUUUAUUUCAUACUUGCAUGUCUGUUCUUUUCCACAUUUUCCACCUAAGGGAGAUAGCACCUAAAAUUAGGACACUGAGGGCAGUGCCCCAAGAUACAGGGAAUAGCAAGGUGGCAAUUCCCUCCAGGUACACAUUGGUUGACUAAAACUCUUCUUUUGACAUAUUCCAGUGUUAUACAAUUUACAGAAAACACAGUAGGGUUUAGCCUGUUACCACAGUUGUCACAUAAUGGUCCUUUGUCUUUCAUUGUUCAUUGAUAUAUCGAUUGACCUGUCCCUCGAUUCCUGGUUCCAUUGUGUGUGUCUGGCAAGUUUAUUUAUUAUUAUGCUUAAAACUAUUACAUCUGAAUAUCCAGUUCUGUUUGUGGUGUUCAUCUUUUUCUCAGUGGUUGAGAACUGUCUUGCGGAUGCAUUAUGCCAUACAAGCUUCGGCAGCCAUGUCAAAGUACAUAAAUGGCCAUUCUUUGUAAAACGGGUCGCAAAGGGGUGAAAGGGGAACAUUGAUUCCCAGGAUUUAUUAUAUACAUAGUCACCUAGAGAAAUAUAUAUCUUUGAGCUCUGAAAAUUACAAUCCACACCACUGUAUUUAGCGGUGUCAUGAAAAUGAGCGACUCCAUCCUGACAUUUUGUCAAUCAUUCUUAAAUCAUAAACUCUGCUAAUUGCACCUGGCACUCAGCAUACACAGAGGUGAAACAGAAAAAACAUGUUUGUGUCUCCCCCAAAAAGCAGUGUGCCCUGGCUUUGCCUGGACUGAACUUGAUUGAGAUAUCCAGCACAAAAGCUGUAAUUUACAUUUAAAUGAAAAUUGGAUAUCACAUGAAAAAAAAUGGCCAACUUGAUUUUAUAGGUUGCCAUAGAAAUUGAGUUUCCCCCCUUAAACACAGUUUUACUUUUUAUGUAAUGCAUCUCCUUUUUUUUUUUAUUUAUUUAUUUAUUUAUUUUUAUUUAUUUAUUUUUUACUCUGCUCAUAUUCUGCUAAUUAUAGAUGGUUUUGAGAAAUAAAGUAAGUAAAUGAAAAAUGUGUUUAACUGGUCUUUGUUAUAAGGUUUAAUAUUUGUUGUUUACUGUUUUUAUAUUAUAUUAUUGUGAUGUUAUUUGAGUUCAGACACCAUAAUCUCACAAGUUUGUUGCAUGUCUUUCACUCAUUAUAGGACCCCACACCUCUUUUUAAAGAAUUUGUGGAUGAACUGGUUCAGGAGAUGGCAGCUCAGAAGCUUGAAGAAACCAUACCCAAUGAAACAAAAUCCUAACCCUUGCUAAAUGUUCUACUGUAACUAUACAACAUUCUAUUUUGGAAGGGGUUUAUGGGACAUGUUACAAACCUAUUUCAAGAAUCCACAUCACUCCUGCAUUAACAAGACUGGAAUUAGCACUCAUUGGAAACAAUACUGAUGUUAAUUUGGUAAUGGCAGUGUCAUAGAUCAACAUAAUGCUACUCAGCUGGUGAAAUACGUUUUUUACGGCUCUAAAAGCAAGCACCAAUAAAGCAUCUAGUUACAAAAAUCCUACUAAGUAUCUACAACAUUAAAAUGUGUUUGAUAUAUUAUGCACCUCCUCUAGUGACUAAUUUCCAUCAUCAUUUGCUAUGUCCUAAUGUCUAGAAGUUAAGUUACCACUGAAAUUCGUUUUGAACCAAAAUGUGUUGCCCUCAGUUUAAGAGCCAGUGUUGGACAUGCCUGAAGCCAUAUUAUGAGACUCUCAAGAAGCAAACUUAUCAAAUGAUGAUCUUCCAAACAUACCAUAUAUAUUUGCUAUAGUAUAUUCCAAUUUUGAAAUAAACAAAGUGUGUGUGUCCGUCCCCCUCCACUAGAGUUAACAUUUAAAACCUUUAGACUGUCUGAUACAUUUCUGGCACCUCUAUCGUUUUAUUUAAAUAUGAGCAGAUUGGUAAACCUCUUACUUUUGCGUCCAUUUAGCAGUUGUGUGUUUUACAGAUCACGAGUGUAUGUAGUUGUGCAUCUGUCAUACAUUAUGGUGUGAUGUCACCCUGUGCAAUAAAACCAUGUUUUAGUGUAAGCAACCCAGUUUCUCAAGACAUAUGUUAGUGCAGCACAGGAUCAUGGCCAGGUUACCUAGUAUUGAUGACAAUCACACUCCUGGGAGGCUGGUCACCUUCUUUUAUUCCUAUGCUGACAAGCUGCGGUGAAGAGAGACUGCAUGUCUCACUAUCCUCCGCAUGUUGCAUAACAUAUAAGUAGUGGGAAAUUGACAGAAUUAUUGUAAGCAGCUGCAAGGGUGGUUUUCAUAUAUACCUCAGUGUUGCACUAAAAUGGAAGGCAUGUGAGCCUUAGCAAUUUUGUGUGUACUUGUCUGUGUGUGAGUGUUUGUAUGAUUGCCAUCCUCAGGAAUGGUAGGGAAAUAGACAAUAUAUGGCACUACAGCUGCCGUAGAAAAAAGGCAUUUAUAAACUACUUAUCCUCUUGUAUUUUGUUUCCGGAACCCCUGUACCUCAAUUGAUUUUUUUUUUUUCCCUCUAAUACAGUCCUAGAUAGCUGUAUAUUUGUUAUAUAUACUUUAAUUAUAGAACGGUAAAGAAGAUACUAGACCCAAACUGGUAACUUAUAUGUCAGAACCGAACUACACCCUGUUCCAAAUAAUUAUGCAAAUUCUAUUUAAGUGUCACAAAGAUUAAAUAUUUUGUUGUUCAGUUUAACAUGGAUGGCAUUGUGUGUCAGGGCUCUUUUGAUCACUGAAAACAAUCUCGGACAUCAGUGAUAAUUAGAUUGCCAGGUGAGCCCAAUUUAAGGAAAAACUACUAAAGGAGGGUGUUCCAUAUUAUUAAGCAGAGCACCAUUUUCAUGCAAUAUGGGGAAGAAAAAGCAUCUCUCUGCUGCCGAAAAGAGUGAAAUAGUUCAAUGCCUUGGACGAGGUAUGAAAACCUUAGAUAUUUCACGAAAACUUACGCGUGAUCCUUGCACUAUUAAGGGAUCUGUGGCUGAUUCAGAGCACAGAUGGGUUUGUGCAGAUAAAGGCACAUUGAGGAAGAUUUCUGCCAGAUCCAUGCAUCUGAUCAAGAGAGCAGCUGCUAAAAUACCAUUACAUAGCAGCAAACAGAUAUUUGAAGCUGCUGGUGCCUCUGGAGUCCCACAGACAUCAAGGUGUAGAGUCCUCCAUAGUCUUGCAACUGUGCAUAAACCUUCCAUUCGGCCACCACUAACCAAUGCUCACAAGCAGAAAUGGCUGCAUUGGGCAGAAAAAUACAUGAAGACUAAUUUUCAAACCGUCCUAUUCACUGAUGAGUGCUGUGCAACCCUGGAUGGUCCAGAUGGUUGGUGGACGGCCACCCUGUUCCAACAAGGCUUCGACGUCAGCAAGGCUGUGGUGGAGUCAUGUUUUGGGCCGGAAUCAUGGGAAGAGAGCUGGUCGGCCCCUUUAGGGUCCCGAAGGUGUAAAGAUGACCUCUGCAAAGUAUGUCGGGUUUCUGACUGACCAUUUUCUUCCCUGGUACAGAAGGAAGAACUAUGCUUUCCGUAAUAAAAUCUACAUGCAUGACAAUGCACCAUCUCAUGUUGCAAAGAAUACCUCUGCAUCAAUGGCUGCUAUGGGGAUAAAAGGAGAGUGUGUCAUGGUGUGGCCUCUGUAGCGGAUGGUAUUAAGGCUGUCCUAAAAGACUGUUAAAACUGCAAUUCGUGUGUUUAUUCUUCUGUGUAGUUAAAACUAUAUGUAAUAUUCGUAUGUUUGUUCGGUAGUUUCCAUCCGUAUUCCAUACGAAUGAAAACUACCGAACCCAUAGACCACCCCAGAGAGAAGUGUGCACCUUAUUAGGUACUUUGUGCAUGUAUCUGGGUGGCCGCCGUUCGGCAUACGAACACGUGGCGGCGGCCGCCAUCUUACGCACGAAAGCCUCAGCGGUGUUUGGUUGUCGAGUGUCUGGAACUCAAAUCGGACACUCAAUUACCCGAACACCGCUGAGACCUCUAGAGCUCCGUAACUCCCGAACGGGAAGGCAAAUCAGACCCCCGUUUGGUAAGUUAAAAGUACCGAACAAGGGGACUCAUGCGAAUGCAAUGUUUAUCGUGGAUGUCAGGUUUUUAUGUGUGUUUUACCUCCCGAAGGGAGACCGACCGCAGGGCCAAAACACAUGGAACCCUUUUCGGCUAACACAUCAUGUGCGGUCGGUCAAAUUGUCCCUUCCAUGUAACUCACGAACCCCUGGUCUGAUCUGGGUGAAUUUUGCAUAUGUUGGUCACCCAGAUCAGGGCUACCAUGUGGUGCCACUUAGCCCUUGUACCUAACUGUUUUGGGGUACAUCCAGAACUCUGGGAAAAUUGCAGCAGAUAUAAUGGGAUUAUGUGUCACACUGAGGGGAGGAGAUGUCUGGGAGGUAACUGUGACAUUAUUGGUUACUGUCCUAAUUAUGAUGAAUCCCUCCCUUGCAUGGGAGAAUGCUUUAUAAGGAGGUUGUGUGGAUUAAAAGUGAGUUCUGCUCCUGAUGCUGUGUCGUCCAGUCAUUGGGAUCAGUAUGGGGAUAUUCGUGAUUUACCUUGUUUGCUGGAAUUAUUACUUUAUGGUAUUUUUACUACUUGUUCCUGAGCCUCACUGGGAUGUUUAGUGGAGUUAACCUGUGGAAUACCAGGCCUCCGCUACAGCCUCAAUCCUCCCCUGACGUCAAUCCUAUUGCGAACCUUUGGAGCAUCCUCAAGCAAAAGAUCUAUGAGGGUGGGAGGCACAUCCAAACAGCAGCUCUAGGAGGCUAUUCUGACAUCUUGCAAACAAAUUCAAGCAGAAACUGUCCAAAAACUCACAAGUUCAAUGGAUGCAAGACUUGUGAAGCUGCUAUCAAAUAAGGGGUCAUAUGUUAAAAUGUAAUGUGACUUGUUAAAAUGUUUAAAAAGUUAAAAUGUUGUUAUAAGUUUGAUUGAAAUAGCUUUUGAUUUCGGUAAAUAUGCUUUCAAUAAAACAAAUGACAAUUUUCAGUUCUUUACAACUUAUAAACUUACUGUGCGUAAUAAUUUGGAACAGUGCAUUGUAAGUUUUUUAUGUUUAAAAAAAAAAUUACUGUUAUCAUUAGGAGGUUUGUUCAAUAAAAUUUGAAUUGUACCCUUAAUAGUUGAGAACAUGAGAAUUAUGCUGACUGUUAUUUACAUCAAUUAUUUAGGUAAAUGAGAAAAAUAUCAUUUGCAUAAUAAUUUGGCACAGGGUGUAUAUGAGAUUUGAUGUGUAAUGGGGUGAAGCAUGUAUGUAUGCAUGUGGGGGUGAAGAGAUGAUGUGUGGGAGGGGUGCAUUGUGUGUGUAUGCCAAGUUGUACUCUGUGUUGAUGGGAGUGUACUGUAUGUGGGGGGCUUUACUGUCUGUGAGGGUGUACUAUGUUCAGGGGGGUAUAGAGAGUGGGAUAGGGAAGAGCUUUACAAUUUUUACUUUAUUAAUUGUUUAAAAAAAAAAAAAAAAUAUUCCCCUUUCCCUAAACUUGCCUUGCAAGGAAGGGGUGGCACAAUCAAAUCCGUGGUGGUUGACAAGUCUGCCUAUCCAUUGGGUACAGGAGAGGUCAUGAAAUGAGCGGUAUCUCUCUUGGAGCUCCAGCACUUAC